ACUUUUCACAUCCGGAAGGUGGGGCUUUUGUUGCAGGAGCGGUUUGCUUUGGAGAACCAAUGCCCCGACCGAAAUGCUCUAUUAAUGCACAGAUAGCAUCAACCGAGGGCAGAAAUAGAAAUCCUGCUUUGGUUGGUUCAUUGUCUGUGUGCAGAGGAAGUGUAUGAGUGGGUGUGUGUGCGCAUGUGUGUGAAAGAGACACAAAGAAGAAACCAGUGAUGGCCACCGGUAAAGGUAAAAACCAGAGCUCUCUGGCGCUGCACAAGGUGAUCAUGGUAGGGAGUGGAGGCGUGGGGAAGUCGGCCCUCACCCUGCAGUUCAUGUAUGAUGAGUUUGUGGAGGACUACGAGCCCACCAAGGCAGACAGCUACAGGAAGAAGGUGGUUCUGGAUGGGGAGGAGGUCCAGAUCGAUAUCCUGGACACAGCCGGCCAGGAGGACUAUGCUGCCAUCAGGGACAACUACUUCCGCAGCGGGGAGGGCUUCCUGCUGGUGUUCUCCAUCACAGAGCAGGAGUCCUUCAGUGCCACCGUAGAAUUCAGGGAGCAGAUCUUGCGGGUGAAGGCGGAGGAGGACAAGAUCCCUAUUCUGGUGGUAGGGAACAAGUCGGACCUGGAGGAGCGAAGGCAGGUCUCUGUGGAGGAGGCCAGGGGGAAGGCCGAGGAGUGGGGGGUCCAGUACGUGGAGACAUCGGCCAAAACCAGAGCCAACGUGGACAAGGUAUUCUUUGACUUGAUGCGUGAAGUACGAGGCAAGAAAAUGGCAGAAAACAAAGACAAAAAUGGAAAAGGAAAGAACAAGAAGAACAAGAAGAGCUUCAGGGAAAGAUGCUGUUUACUCUGAUCUCCCCCCGGACCUUAACAACCCACAAUACAACUGUUCCGUUGGGAAACAAAGCAGAGCGUCCUUGCCAUUCUCAUUCAAAUAAAAAUGAUUUUUUCUUUUUUUUUAUAGCUGGUUUUAGUUUAGUGAUUAGUACAAUCUCAACAUUUUUAGUUUUUAAUUAAUGGUAUCUGAGCCGCUAUUUCAUUGAAAGAUAACCACUGUUGUGACUCAGACUGCUUGAUACGCUCGGAGUAAGCCAACGACCAAACUGCCACUGACACUAACUCUGCUGCUCAGACAUUCUCCACUGUUAAACUCAGCGAUUAUACUGCCUAUGACUUUUCAGUGUACACCACAAUUGUUGAGUCUUUGUGAAGUAAUCAGUGCUCUUAAUUUCUUUACCUGAUCCUAACCUUUACCUGAAUAUUUCUUAGUCUAUGUUAGUAUAGACCCCUUGAAUCGAUGUCCAUCAAUUAACAAAAGACUCUAAUGCUGCUGUCCGUCUUAUAUUUGAUCCUUUAUGAUGACACUUAAUGUCAUGUGUAUUCAAGAUGUUGGCCUCAUUCAUUUAUCUGUCCAGAUAUUAACAACUUCAGAGUUUGGGAUGGCUUUUGAAACUGGAAGCUUUCAUUUUUUUUUUUUUAUUGUUUAGCCCUCAAGGCUGCUCUUUUUUCCCGCUUAUUUUUGUAGAUCAUCCAAGGAUUACUGAUUUUCUGGGAGGAUUUUGAAAAUCAAAGGAAUUGUUGCCAAACAGGGUUAUUUUAAUUCCACUGUUACCAAGCCUCAGAUUUUCCGGCUAAAAUCUUUAGCGACUGUAAAUCACAGAAAAAAAAUUAUAGAGGUAAAUGAGAACUUAAUCGGGGCUCGCCGAGCUUCAUGUAGAUAUUUUAACAUUUGUAAAAAAAAAUGUUGAGGGUGUGAAAAUAAGGUUGUAAUGCGGCUACUGGUAUGUUUUUGUGUUGCUAUAUCCAUGAAAUCUGGCCCUUCCUCCCUUCUCACAGUGCAGAUGAUUCCCUGUUUUACACGACUGAUAAAGUUUAAACUGUGAGACAGGUGUUGACAAUCCAGCAUUUUAAUCAACAAAGUUUUCUUAUUUUUUAUUCUUUGAUCUUUUUUUAAAACAUGCACUACAUUGCCAAUACCUAAGAAGUGGACUUCAUGCUGAAUGGAGUCAUGCUGGAGAAUCUUUAAACAGUUGGUGCCAACAAAAUCACAAAAAAAUCGAACUAUGUUUGUGGAUGUAUAGUUUGUAUGUUAAUUAACUCGGUGUGCAUUUCCCAGAAUCUUAAAACAUUUCUGUUUCUGCGUGAGAGAACUUCUAACUGUUGUUUAAUCAAGUGCUAAAGUGAACAAGAUGUUCCUACCACUGCCUAAACCAUCCUUUGUAACAUGGCCUCCCUUUUUCUUUUACUUCCUACUGCUGUGAGUAUGCUUUUAUCUCCCUGCAGUGAGAGUGUUUCUGAAUAAAUGCUUUUUUUCUUUGUAA